UCCGGAAGGGACAGGUGGGAGGGGACGGAAGAAAGAGAGGAAGGGUGGGGGCGGCGGAGUUUACGACGAUCCAUCCAACCGUUUCCAUCUCCACUCUCUAUCUCUCGCUCAGGUUUUUGGUUCUUCUCGUUUUUCGACAUACCCACUUGCAGAAGGCAGAAAGUGAGGGCAGUGUGUGAGUGAGGAAGCUUGUAAAGCCUCUUUCUGAGAUCCAUCAUGGAAGCCUCUGCUGCGCUCUCUUCAGCUCAAGGGUUUUGCGGCACAAAAGUACGCCCCUUUUCAUUCUAUGGUAUGUCUAGUGUACGAUAUACAGUUAACGUUUGGUCCCAUAAUUCAUCCCAACGUUUUGGUGGCUCGUUGAUCUCUUCAACAAUGAACAACAAAAGCGCAUUCUUGCUUCCUAUAAAGGCCUCAGAAACUUCACAAGGGGUAACAUCUGACAGUAUCUCAGAGAAGAGUAUAGAGGGUCAGAAUAAGCGGAACCUGAACAAAACAACAUUUCCUAGUGGGUUUGAGGCAUUGAUGUUGGAAGUUUGUGAUGAGACCAAUAUUGCAGAGCUUAAAUUAAAGGUGGGGAACUUUGAGAUGCAUCUCAAAAGGGAUAUAGCAUCAGCAAGAGCUCCAUCACAUAUUGUAUCCCCCGUCACUGUACCACCUAUACCAUCUGAGCCAAUGGUUGACUCUGGUGCUCCUUCACCACCAGCUACACCAGAGAAAUCCUCCCCUUCUUCAGCAAAUCCAUUUGCAAAAGCUCCACCAGCCAAAGCUUCAAAACUUGCAGCUCUAAAUGGGAUUGGAACUAAUGCAUAUGUCUUAGUACAUUCUCCUACGGUUGGCUCAUUUCGUCGAGGAAGAACAAUUAAAGGGAAGAAACAAGCGCCCAUAUGUAAAGAGGGGGAUACGAUCAAGGAAGGGCAGGUAAUUGGAUAUCUGGACCAGUUUGGCACAGAGCUGCCUGUGAAGUCAGACGUGGCUGGGGAGGUCAUUAAGCUUCUAUACAAAGAAGGAGAGCCAGUUGGAUAUGGGGAUCCCCUUAUUGCUGUCCUGCCGUCAUUCCACGACAUCCAGUGAGCAUUUACACCAGGAGACCUGACAGGCCUGUCCAUCAUUUCAUGAACUUGGUCAUAGCUAAUUAAUGUCUAGGGGACUUUAUUUAUUGACUUCGUUUGGCAUAUCUUUAGUACUUUGAGAUGAAAUUUUUACUAAAUUUUCUAUUUUGACCUCA